CAUCUCAGCAACGUAAUCGCAAUGUUGAAAUCGAUCGCGUUGUCGUUCCUAACCCUUUCUUUGGGCGUCAACUAUGCCGCAGGCCAGUCGUCAGAGUUCGACUACAUCGUAGUCGGCUCUGGACCUGGUGGUGGGCCUUUAGCCGUUGAAUUGGCCAAAUCCGGGCAUUCGGUGCUUCUUCUGGAGGCUGGAUCCGACCUUACUGAUGACCCAUUAUACCAAAAUAUCGGGCGAGCUCUUGAAGCAAGCAAUGACCCUAGAACCAGAUGGGAUUUCUUCGUAAAACACUCUGAUGAUCCCGAGAGGGAGCUUAAGUACAAGCAUAUGACUUGGCGCACGACCAAUGGGUCUUUCUAUGUCGGACUCGAUCCCCCUGAAGGUGCCGAACAACUCGGAAUCUACUAUCCGCGUGCCGCAGUAUUAGGCGGAUGCGCAAUGCAUAAUGCGGCCGUCCUUCAUUUGCCUAGCGAUGAUAACUGGAAUUAUAUCGCUGACAUCACUGGAGAUGAUUCGUGGAGAGCUUCCGAGAUGAAGAAGAUUUUCGAAGAGAUUGAAAAUAACCAUUACUUAGAGAACGGGACGGCAGGUCACGGCUUUUCAGGAUGGUUAGACAGUAACCAGGAUGAUGGAUCAUGGUUUCCAACUAACGCCACAGACGGAACGAUGCUGUUGAGAGCCAUUGCAGAAUCCUCCGGUUCCUUUGGAAAUAGUACCGGUUCCGCAAUUUCCGACACAGAUCUCAAGACGCUCCUACAUAGAGACAUCAAUGGACCCGAGCCAGACCGCGACCAACUAGUCGGUGUAUUUGGAAUGGCAACCCAUUCCGACGCCGAUAAUCACCGCUUCAGUCCCGCCAACUACAUCAAGAAGGCGCUUGAAGAGAAUCCUGAUCUUCCACUAACCGUCCAGCUCAAUUCAUUCCUCACUCACAUCGAAUGGGACCAACUCCGGGACUUUGAGCCACCAGCUGUUAUGUCGAUCAACUACGUCGUCGGUCCCAGUUCAUAUAAAGCUGAUCCUCGGUAUGAUCCGAACCGAAACACCACCACUGAAUUCGCUUGGGUUGGCAAGGAACUGAUCAUCGCUGGUGGGGCUUUCAACACUCCCCAAAUAUUGAAACUUAAUGGCGUUGGUCCAGCCGACGAACUUAAAAAACAUAAUAUCAGUGUCGUAGCAGAUGUUCUGGGCGUUGGCGCAAACCUUGGAGAUAACUACGAGGGUGGCGUUUUAUCCAUGGCAUCCAAGCCAUUCGAGCACUUCGGCGGCCGUUAUGUCGUCCAGUUGAAGACAUCUGCUUCAGAAGGAAAUAGGGACAUCUUCCUUUGGCCUCUGAACGGCGCGUUUGAGGGUUUCUGGCCCGGGUACCCCGCCAACUAUGGUCCAAAUGCGUUCAGCAUUGCAUAUGUCCAUAUGGAUCCACGGAGCACAGGUAGAGGUACUGUCACCUUACGCUCUGCGGAUCCGUUUGAGACUCCUGAGAUCAACUUCCGCUUCUUUGAGGAGGAUAGCGAUAAGGAUUUCCAGGCUAUGCUUGAAACUGUCAAAUUCGGUCAGAAAUUGACGACCCUUUUCCCAGAAAGCUCGGGUUUGGCACCAUUCGAAGAGCUACACCCUUGCACCAACGGCACUGUAUGCACCGAUAAAGACAUCAUAGAGUAUGAAAAGUUGGAGGCUUACUCGCAUCACGCAAGCGGUACAUGCGCUAUUGGGAACGUUUCCGAUCCAAUGUCGGUUCUCGACUCGAAGUUCCGCGUGAAGGGUGUUAAGGGACUUCGCGUUGUUGACGCUUCGGUCUUCCCUAAGCCUCCUGGUGCAUUCCCGGUUCUUCCAACAUUCAUGAUAUCGAAGAAGGCAGCGAAGACUAUCUUGGGAGGCUUCUAAGGGGGGAAUUAAAUAGUUCCCCACGAUAACCAGACACAGGAAUGGAUGAAUGGGGACUGGAAUCUUUUUGUGUGGUCACUUGGUACCGGCGCCCAAAGUCGGGAUGCUUAGUAAGACAAGCCACCCCCUUUUUGCACAUAUUCAGGGGUUCAUUCGAAAGGGAGAUCAAUCCUGACACUAUCGCCCUUUUAUAACAAGUUCUGCGAUCUAUUUGAUC